UUUUGAUAUCAGAUACUCCCAAUUCCCUUCAGUUACCUUCAUUUCAGCAGAUCUACUCCCAGACUUGGGCAUCAUGGCACUGCGAUCGCUUUCAUUUACCUCUUCCUCGCAGAUUCUGCCGCGUAUCUUCAUGGCCUCCGAAACGAUGUCUUCCGUCGGAGGACGAUGGUCUCGAAUCUGGCAGACUUCCAGGCAGACAUCCCCCAAUUUUUCUCGCACUCUUCUUAAAGCCGCCACAUUGUCAUUGAAUAUACCGGGGCUCCUGUCCGAUGUCUGGGACUCUGUACUCCGAGCCGUACCAAAAAAGAAAACAUCCCACAUGAAAAAACGUCAUAGACAGAUGGCUGGGAAGGCUUUGAAGGAUGUCAAAAGCAUCAACACCUGCCCUGGGUGCGGUCAAAUAAAGCGUGCGCAUGUUUUAUGCCCACACUGUGUUGAGAAUAUUAAAAAGCAAUGGAAGCAAACCCAAACUGCUUGAGAAUGAAGACUGACAGUGUCAGUGAAGGCGAGGAAAGCGGUGGAUUAACUGUGCUCUUGGGGCUUGUACUUUUACUAUACAUGAAGUGUCGGAUAUAUAUAUGCUGCAUGGCAUUCGGCGUCUGGUUCUGACAGGGAAAUUUACGUGUUUGUUUACAAUAUUAUUUUGCCAAAAAAAA